AUGGCCCACAAGCAGAUUUACUACUCGGACAAGUACUUCGACGAGCACUAUGAGUACCGGCAUGUCAUGUUACCCAGAGAACUUUCCAAACAAGUACCCAAAACCCACCUAAUGUCUGAAGAGGAGCGGAGGAGACUUGGUGUUCAACAGAGUCUAGGCUGGGUGCAUUACAUGAUUCAUGAGCCGGAACCACAUAUUCUUCUCUUUAGACGACCUCUUCCUAAAGAUCAAGAAAAAUGA